AUGGAUGACCCUUCAACAAGGAGACAUACGAAAGUUCGAAUUGUCCCAAUUUCUUUGUUCUCUGACGAUACCAGUGGAAAUAGAUCCAAGAAAUGGAAUUGUUUUGAUAUUUGGACCAUGAACAUAUCGGCACUUCCUUUAAAAAUAAGCAAUGAAUACGAAAACCAUUUUUUCAUUUGUACAAGUAAUCAUAAAAUAACGGCAAUGGAAAUGAUAGAACCCUUGACGAAUGAUUUGUACAACUUGGAAAAGGGGAUGGUUAUGUACGAUUCCCAAUUCGAGCAAAAUGUUUUCGUAAUUCCGCUAGUUUUAUGUAUCUGUGGUGAUAAUGUACGUCAGGCCGAAAUUGCUCUUCACAAAGGAUCUAGGGCCACCCAUCCUUGUAGAUUCUGUUACUGGCAGUCGGACCCAUCAAAACCUGUGGAUGCUAAUGGACAACCACUAUCAUUGCAUUACAGUGCAUCUGUUUUUUCUGCACCUUCUCGUACACUCCAAGACUAUAAAGACUUUGCGACUUUGCGAUAUCAACAAAGACCGGAGCCUGUUUUUCUUCCAAACAGGGGACGUCCUCGGGCAAGGAUUGCAUUUGAAAGCGAUUGGAGCAAACUUGGAUUUAAGUUUACCGGCGGUGAGCAUUUGUUAAACUUGGAUGCCAUCGAUCUUUCAAAGGAUCUACCUGUGGAGAUACUUCACACGUUGUUACUGGGAAUGACAAAAUAUUGUUUCAUAAUUUUGUAUGAUCACUUAAUGGAUAAUAAUCAUAUCGACUCAUUGACAGAUCUAUUCCGCAAUUAG